AUGCAUAUUGAUUUCUGGUUACACACAUGCAUACUAGUGCACACCUCAAGCUACCACAAGGUACGGGUUUCUCUGGAGUCCCAGGACCCAAAUGUUCUCGAAGAGACGAACGAGGCCUUCAAGGAACGUCUACGUGGAGGUAGAGCACAUAAAAUAUUCUUUACUCUUGCGCAUUCGGUACCAACAUGUAUCUGAAGCCUCCUAGGUGGCAGUUUUUGAAACUUGGAGUAUGACCGACCGAAAAGUUCCCGGUUCAGUGCAUCCUGUCCUUCGUAUUUUACAGACUGCUCUAAAGCGUUCUAGUGUUAGCUUUGUGUGAGGUUGUUGUGUGAGUUAGCAGCAUGCAGUAAUGGUAACAACAUUGUGGAAAAGCGGAGGCGUGAUUUUUUUCCGAAUAGUUAACCCGACCGGGGGCUACUUCCUUAAGUACAUUACCUAUCAGUUAAUGCGUUUUUUUUAAUCAAAACAAAUAGCGAAAAACGAAAGCAGAUUUACUUUUGAAAUACAAUAUAAAAACAUAUUUCUCAAGAGCAGCACAAAUAAAAUUGAAAGGACGAAUAUGCUUCACAAUUGAGAGUAAAGCAUGAAGUUUGCACUUUCGUGUCCUUGCUACUCUGGAGGUAAGUAGUCAGAGACAUCAUUCACAAGACCAUUGGAUGGAGGAAUGAGAUGGACGACGAUAGAUGUGAAGGAACACACAGUAUCGACCCUUUCCACUUUUUAAGUAGAUCUGCCCCUAAUAGGUUGUUGAAAGGCCGAGGAGAUCGUCCUCCGUUCCACUCUGUCUCCACCGUCUCUUCUCUCCACUCUACCCUAUUCAACCACGGUCAGGAAGUUCCACGGCUAGGGCAACAUGCAAUCAAGUAGGCAGCACAGGCCAGUCGAGUUGUUCUUUCAUCAAACUCUGUGGCCCAGAGUAGACAGCGGUAUCCCUCUGGUGCGAUAAACAGCCCUAUUUAGGGACGGAACUGCUUACCCCCUCGCAGGGGAGGGAGCCGCAAAAGGUGCCCGAAACACAUGCUGAGUUCACGACAUCUGCGUGUAAACCGUGGAUCACCGACUGAUAAGUAUGCAGUCGAAACCACCAAAAUAGAAACAAUGGUCUCUUUCUUCCUCCUCCCCUCCGCCCCAGGCUGCUAGAGUCAGUCCGCUCACUCUGGCAGCUCGGAAUGUUCGCCCCCUUUUAGAUAAACCCAGGAAUAACCGACCGGAACGGAGGAAAAAGCUAGUCGCUCGGGCACUGACGCGCUACAAGGUAGACAUUGUUGCACUCAGCAAGACUCGGUACUUCGAACAAGGCCAACUGGAUGGGGUGGGUGCCGGAUACACCUUCUUCUGGAGCUGUCACCCCAGGGCAGAGCGAGGAGACAUGUGCAUUCCAUUUACCAUCCGGAGCGACAUCGCCGGACGACUGCCUUGUCUACCGCAGGGCACCAGCGACCGCCUGAUGUGCCGGCGCCAGCCUCUUCGGGGAUCACAAUUAGCUACCACCACUAGCGCCUACGUCUUAAUAAUGACCAGAUCUGGCGAAACGAAGACCAAGUUCUACGAAAAGCUGCACGCCCUUUUGGCGUCUGUGUCAAAGCCGGACAGGCUGGUUGUCCUUGAGGACUUCAAUGUCCGCGUUGGAAGAGGCUACGCUGCCUGA